AGUAGACUAGUAUAGUCAUAGGACGAUACGUCGUCGUCGUCGAUAAAAGAAUGUGCUAACAUUGUCGCGUCGGUCGGUCUGCGAGUGACAAAAAAAAAAAAAUAAUCAACUUUCCCCCUUCGACGGUUCGAUCAGCUGAUCGGUACACAGCAAUCGUAAGUGACAGGUGUUCGUUGUUGACGAUAAGCGGAAGUGGUUGGUGUCAAAUGUGAAAAAUGAGCGACGAGGUGUCGUCUCCCGGCUUUUUCGGAAGAUCGGGUAUUCUAGAAACGUACGUACGCGGCCAAUGGUACCGCGUAUUCGUCACACUCGAAGAAGAUUAUUUGAGUAUCACGUUAGACGAAUCUUACGAGAACACGACGACGUUAAACGGCACUCUGAACAAUAAUAUAGAAACGCCUAGCGGUUUAAGCGAUACGCCCGACAUACCAGAGGCGGUCGCCAAUCAAAAAAGGGCGGUGAGAGUUAUUAAAUCGGAAAAUAACGGACUCGGCAUUUCGAUCAAGGGCGGCAAGGAAAAUAAGAUGCCCAUUCUUAUCAGUAAGAUUUUCAAAGGUAUGGCCGCCGAUCAGACCGAACAAUUGUACGUCGGCGAUGCCAUUCUGUCUGUCAACGGAGAUGACUUGAGGGAGGCGACACACGAUGACGCCGUGAAGGCGUUAAAGAGAGCGGGAAAAGUGGUCGAAUUGGAAGUUAAAUAUCUGCGCGAAGUGACGCCUUACUUUAGGAAAGCCAGUAUUAUAUCGGAAGUGGGAUGGGAGUUGCAAAGGGGGUUUCUGACGGGAGCUCCGCCGGCCGUACGAUCCCCCCAAAGGGCCGACACCAGAUACCUCCCUCUGCAAUUGUGUCAUCUAGCUAGGAACUUUAGAUACCCCGAUCCAGAGGGUCGAAUAUUAGAAUUACAUUCCCCCGACGCUAUCCAUAGCUGCGUAUUACGUGCAUCUGACCCCGCCGAAGCUAUAGCCUGGUUUAACACACUCCAUUCGGCGUUGUCAGUUCUAACUUCAUCUGCGCAUCACGACGCCUGCAAAGCCAUACCCGAUUUAAGGUAUAUAGGAUGGCUUUUAAGAAAACCAAGGUCCGAAAAUAUGUCAAGUUCGGAAUCGUCGGAUGAUACGGAUCGAUGGCAAUCGAUUUUCGCAGCGGUAACCGAUAGUGAAUUACGAUUUUACGAGAGCGCUCCGUGGUCGGGAGAAGCAUGGCGGGCGCCUGCCGAAGCGUAUCCUCUAAUAGCUACACGUCUCGUCGGAUCGGUUAAAAGAACCGAUUUGACGGAAUUUAGUGUACGUUGCGCUACGAUAGAUGGGGUAGUUACUCAUACGUUGAGAGUUGAAACGCAUCGAGAUUUAGCGGCUUGGGCGAAGGCUUUGGUUAACGGGAGUCAUGCCAGCGUCGUCACACAAAGGGAAUUAGUUUGUAGGUGUGUUUGGAAAGGUCGGCCCGCGCAAUUAGUCAUUCAUUACGAAAACGGUUUUACGUUAUUGGAAGCCGGUACUGGAUCGAGGACGUUGUGGAGAUAUUCGUUCGAUAUGCUGAGGAAUUCUUCGGACGACGGGAAAACGUACCUGUGGUUAGAUUUCGGAUCGGAAGAAGAAGAUAUCGAACUUGAUAUGGAAGGAUGUCCAAAGCCAAUUGUCUUCAUAUUACAUAACUUCUUGUCUGCCAAAAUUCAUCGAUUAGGUCUGACGGCCUAAAUAUUCCACCACACAAUGUUGAACAUUCACUUUUCGGUUUAACAAAGAAAUUGUCAAUUAAUAGACGUAGAGUUCAAUUAUGUUUAUCGAAGUCCUUUUUUUAACAAUAAUUAAAUACAUAAAUAGGAAAAUUGUUUUUUAAAUAUCGAUAUUAUGAGAUAUACGAUUGGAAUAACAAUUGACGAAUGGAGGAAACAAAAAUAUCAAUUUCGACCCCAUUUUUUGCAAGAUUUUUUUAAAAACGAUGAAGGAGAAUAAAAUUCCGCAUAUCAGCUACAAAACCAGAAAAUACCUUAAUAAAAACAAAUAUUUAAUAUCAAUACAGGGUAAUAAUAAGAAAUAAUCAAAACUUCCUAUAAAAAGGGAUACGAGAAGGUAUUCAAAACCAUUAUUUUCGUUACAAAAUUAAAACAAAAAUUUUGUACAUCCCCCGUAUCACAAAUGUACAACCAUUUCCGCUAUAAUCAGUCUCGUCGAAACAUUCCGUAAUACAAAACUCCACAAAUCUAUAGCACAGCAUCGAUUCCAUUACGUAUCGAUACAGAAUCGAUUCUAACAGAUCUUUGUUGGAACUAGAAGUUUCUCGCGCGCGAGUUUGUUAAAAACUGAUUGGGAUUCGAUUGUGACGUCAUUGUGUUAACAAAGCUAUUGCUAAGCAGUAGUUGAGAAACGUCAAUCGGAGCUAUUAUAGGUUACGUUUACCUAUUUAUUUUCCGUUUGUGUGGAAUUUUGAUCAAUUAUAGUUAAGACAUGAAUAUCGAUAUAUUUUCUCUUGAAAAUAUCGUUUUUCAUUCAUUAUGUAUUCCAUAAUAAUGUUUUUAAAACAAAUUUGUAUUUGUAUCUUCUUGAUAUGAUUUUGUGGCUGUCGCCAAUAAUAAAAAAGAAGAUUAAACUACUGCCAUUUUAUAGAUUCAAAUUUUCGUUUAAAUAACAAUUUUUGUGAUAAUUUUUAAUCAAUAAUAGUGGAAAAUUUGUACUAUUUAUAUUAAAUCUACUUUUAUAAAUAAUAAUUUUUUCGUGAGUGGUCAAUUUCCAAAAUCAAAAACAACGAAAACAAACCGGAUUUACUUCAAAAUAUCGUUAUACAGAUAAAUAAUACUUACCCUUGUAUAAUUUUUGCACCUUUAUAUUUCACUAUAUAUUUUAUUUGGUAUUUUCACUUCAUAACUAUAAACCAGUUGAAAAACUUGAUUCACACCACUACAAAUCACUCAAAUAUUAUUAGAUUAACAAGUUGUUGAGAAUAGACACGUAAAAAAUUUAAAAACGAUGGUUUAUAUAUUUGAAUAAUACAAUUAUAACAAAUCAUCAACGCAAAAUAUAAUAAAAUCGACACUGUUUACAAAUUGUAGGAACAUAAUGUCAAUGAGUUGUCAACUAUGUACAUAAUUGCCAACUUAAAUUCAAAACAAUACUAGUUGAAACCAUAGAUAUCGUAAUACCUUAUCUAUGGUUUAAUUCCAAAGUAUAAAAAUCUAUUCCUCUAUGAAAUUAUUUUUAUCUAUGUUUCUCUUUUAAUUGGCGCUAAAAGAAACGGCGGAUGUAACUGAGUGUAGUUGGGAAUAUUGUGAGUCUCGUUUAAUUGUGUAAACAUAAUAAUAUAUAAAAAUGAUUGUGUAGAUUACACGGGAAGAAAUAGACUGUAAAAAUUUCGAACUAGUGAGAAAUAAAGGAAUAGAAAAUUGAAUAGAUUAAGACAGGUAAGAGAGAAAAACAAAGUAGUUUAUAACCUAACUUUUUCAACUAACGUUUUCUGGCGUUUGUUGAUAAUAAUAUAGAUAUUUUAUGAAAUAGACCACUCAACUUAUUUAUUUACGUUUAUUUUUUCGAGACAAUAGAAAUAACACUGUUUAUUAAGCAUAAAUUUUUGAGAAAGACAAAAACCAUUCAAUUCAAAACUUUCAAUACUUUUGAGAGUUGUAACGAUGUAAAUAUAUUUAGUAGGUUUCGAUUUAUAGACGACUAUCUAUUAGAUAAACUUAGUAUUGUAUAAAUAUGGAUGAAUUACAAAUAUAAGUAAUAAAAAUAAUUAAUCUUAUUUAAACUAUCAGAUAUUACAAUUUCAUAUAUGUUGAAUGUAAUGUAAUUAAUAUAUUACCAAAUUGAAAUCUAUAACUGGUGCAACGAAUAUUAAUUGAAAUUAUAUACUCGAAAUAAUUUUAAAACUUUUCAAAAAUACACUGUUUAGAUCCUUUUAAUAGUAAUUAGUAGUAAUAUUUUGAGAGUUUGUAAGUUAUCUUAAACAAAUUUAUCUUCCUAUAUGCCAUUUUGGUAAUUUAAAUCAUAGUAAAGAGUUGAACAACUUUGAAGUCUCGUAUUUCCGAAACCGUGACCCCAAGCAACGUCCUAAUUUUUUUCGUCAUACAGCGAUCCUUUGUGAAAACCUUUUCAAAAUUUGAGCUCAAUAUUUCAAUUAUUUCGGUCCCAGUGAUUUUUUAAACUUAUAUAUGUUCUCGAUUAAAAAUUGAACAACUUUAGCGCCUCGUAUAUCUAAAACAAGAACCAUAAGCAACUUCCUGAUUUAUUUUAAUUAUUCAACAAUCUUUUUAGAACAUAUCUUUAACAUUUAGGCUCUAUAUUACAGUUAUUAGAGCCUCAGUAAGUUUUUAAACGUGCAUAUGUUUUGGAUUAAAAAUUGAACAACUUUAGCGCCUCGUAUAUCUAAAACCAGGACCAUAAGCAACUUCCUGAUUCAUUUUAAUUAUUCAACAAUCUUUUUAGAAGGUCUCUUUAAAAUUUAGGCUCUAUAUUGCAGUUAUUAGAGCCUGAGUAAUUUUUUAAAUGUGCAUAUGUUUUGGAUUAAAAAUUGAACAACUUUAGCGCCUCGUAUAUCUAAAACAAGAACCAUAAGCAACUUCCUGAUUUAUUUUAAUUAUUCAACAAUCUUUUUAGAAGAUCUCUUUAAAAUUUAGGCUCAAUAUUGCAGUUAUUAGAGCCUCAGUAAGUUUUUAAACGUGCAUAUGUUUUGGAUUAAAAAUUGAACAACUUUAGCGCCUCGUAUAUCUAAAACCAAGACCAUAAGCAACUUCCUGAUUUAUUUUAAUUAUUCUACAAUCUUUUUAGAACAUAUCUUCAAAAUUUAGGCUCAAUAUUGCAGUUAUUAGAGCCUGAGUAAUUUUUUAAACGUGCAUAUGUUUUGGAUUAAAAAUUGAACAACUUUAGCGCCUCGUAUAUCUAAAACCAAGACCAUAAGCAACUUCCUGAUUCAUUUUAAUUAUUCAACAAUCUUUUUAGAAGAUAUCUUUAAAAUUUGAGCUCAUUAUUCCAACUAUUUUGGCAUGAGUGAUUUUUCGAACUUUCAUAUGUUUUUUGUUUAUACUUUAAACAACUUCGAAGCCUCGUAUAUCCGAAACCAUGCCCCUAAGCAACUUCUUGAUUUUUUUCAAAAUAAAUCAUUCCUCUGAGAAUACCUCUUUAAAAUUUGAGAUCAUUAUUUCAUAUAUAUUUCAAUAAUUUGAACCUAUUAGGUCAUAACGUUACGAACAUAACCUAUAAACGCGAAAUUUUUCAAAGUUUUUUUAUCAGCUGAUAAUUGAUUGUAACAACAAAUAUGGCUACGAAAUAAACGUUUCAACGUGGUUUAUUAAUUUUUAUUUUACAAUAUUACCUUAUAAUUUUACAUACGAUUAAACCACCUUAGUCCAGGAGAUGCUAGUCUAGACGAAAGGGAAAGUCUAUGUCUUUUUCUAUAGGAGUGGUCAAUUUAGGGGCGGUUCUGACAACACGAGUUAAAAGAGAGGGGACGUCACGAGGUGUGUGGUAUUAUUAGUACAAGUUCAGAUUUGGAAGUAUCAUGAUGUCAAUGUACUAUCGGUAUAACAGCUGUUAAAACUACGUAAAAAAGUUGUUUCGAAUUUUAGUUUUCAAACUAUGAUUAUUUCAAAAUGCAAUAUUUGCAAAUUGUGUGUUAAAGUAUUGAUUUUUCAUUGUAAUUAGUUUUUGAUAUGAUAUAAAAACAAAUAUUUUAGGUUAUGUAACGAACAAUUUUUAUUUAUCACGAUGUAAAUACUGUGAAAUUGUAAAUAACAAGAUUUUAGUUUUUAACUUCUUUCUAAUAUUGAAAAAAAAAUAGUGUUCUCGUAAUUAUUCUACAGUACGUCCCAAAAAAGUACGAAAAAUAAUCAUUUUAAAAAAUAAAAUAUUUCAUAUUACACUUAGUUGGAGAUAGACAGCAAUGUUGCCAGAUUUACUUUUUUUUUCAUUGAAACUCAAUAAUCGAAAAUCAAAUCAGAUUUUUUUAACUAAUUUUGUGCCGAUACACUGAAUUUGUGGUUAUUUAUUUGGGACGCACUGAUAUCGGUCUAUAUUGAAAUUUGUGCCUUGGAUGUACAAAGAAUGGUACAAAAUUUCUCUUAAUUGAUUGACGCAAGACAAUAGCUAUUGAAUUCUAAUACAAAUCAUUUUUCAUAUCACUAGUUUGUUAUGUAUAUCUGUCGAAAUAAAAUCAAAAAUAGUUUUUGUACAUCCACAAAAGUAGCAAUACGUCUCUUAUGUCAUGGUAUGCGUGAUUAUGACAUAAUUGAAAGUUGUGUACAGGGGCAAGUAAAUAGAGAGAAAAAAAGAAGAAGUUUUUAACCUCGAAAACCAACUUACCAUCAAUUAGAUACCUAACCUAACUUUUACACAAAAAAUUUUUAUCCAAACGAGAAUUUGUAGGUUAGGGUAUCAAUUCUGUAUUUAUACUAAGUAUUUUCUGUGUUUACUUGUAUCCUUAAAAUAAAAGACUAUCUCGAAAUUGCAAAAUAUUCACUAGUUAUAUUGUCUGUAAUCCGAAAUAUAUGACAGUAGUCAUGACGUCAUGAAUCCAAGCUAUAUUAUUGGUCCGAAAUGUGUACCUCGACGCCAUAUUGAAUAUACCGAAAUAAGAUGUCAUAAAUAACGUUCACUUGUACAACUAUGACGUAAAUGUUUAUUUAAAAUUCCAAAUUUCGCCAUACUGCAAGCGUACGUCACUAAAUAGGUGCGUUCCAACCAUAAAAUUCCGUUAGUGAAACGUACCUACAGUCAGACAAUAUGGCGUCGGAUUAACGACGUCAUUACCGGAAGUGAUGUAUAUUUCGGAAUAUGUUAAUUAUUUCUUUAUCUACUUACAUAGUUUUUGUAUUUCUAUUUACUAAAAUCUAAACGUAUGUAGUAAAAUGUGUGUUGCAUAAACAUGUAAUUAAUUUUAAUAUGUAAACGUACUCAAUGCCGAUGUUUGAAAUUUUAAAACAUAAUUUUGCAAAUUUGUAUUUUAUUCUUUGAAAUUAUAAAAUAAAAAAAAAAC